GAAGCGGAGGGCAGGCUAGCCUGCGCUCACUGAGCCUCGCAUACGUUUAGCCAGUGGUGCAGCAGCUCAGCGCUUUCCAGAAGGUUCUCUACAUCGCUUUGAUGUAAACUUACUUCUAUCGUACCAUAUAUAUUUUUAAAAUUUUUCUUUUCUUUCAACCAUAACGAAACCAAAGCUCAUUUCGGCUGUACUAUUUCCGGCACUGAGCUCUGACGUUUCUCGGGCGCAGCCUUGACUUCGACAGAGGUGGUGUGAAAAGAGGAAGAAAGGGGGGAAUAGCUGCAGGCACCCAGCAGGGGAGGAACAGGAUUUAUUUCUGAUACGACUUCGUUUUUAUUGCCCUCACGCUGGGGAAGGCAAAACGGACCCCUCUUCUCCACCCCUCCUGCCCUCUACGAUCACUCACUCCUCAAGUCCUCCGGAGGAUCCAGCGAGCAUCCGUCAUGCAUUUGAAAACCAUGAAGUGCAACCGUUUUUGCCUUAUCGCCUCCUUGGAGGACCAGGAUAUGUUUAACAGACCUGAGGCCAGGGCUAGUUUUGAGGAACUCUUCCGUGCCUUUGAUAGGGAGGCUACUUUCCAGUUUUUCAAGAGCUUCAGGCGGGUCAGAAUUAACUUCACUAAUGCUCUCGCUGCUGCAGAAGCAAGAGCAAAACUCCACAAGAGUGACUUCAAUGGCAGAGAAGUGCGACUUUUCUUUGCUCAGUCUGUACAUAUAGGAAGUCCACGCCUGGAGCCUCCUAAACCGGAUAAGCAGUUCCUCCUCUCUCCACCUCCUUCUCCUCCUGUGGGCUGGGAACAGGCUCAGGAUGCCACACCUGUCAUCAACUAUGACCUCAUCUGUGCCAUCGCAAGACUUGGUCCAGGAGAGAAGUAUGAGCUCCACUCUGGAACCCCCACUACUCCCAGCGUGGUGGUGCACGUAUGCGAGAGUGACCAGGACAGCUCUGGCGCCGAGGACGACAUGGAGGGUUUUAGACGUCCACGUCCCAAAAUCAUCCAGACCCGGCGUCCCGAUUACAUCCCAGCCAUCACACAGUGAGCCCGAGAAGUGUCUCACUACGCCGUUGUUUAUGCUUUACCAUCUCGGGGGCUGAUAGGAGGCCAGGUGUGGCAUGCAGUCAGUCUGUCCCUCUAGAGGAGGCCUUGAGCCUGAGCCCAGCCCUGUGGAGAAAGAAAUACUGUACAUGUCCACUGUCUUGCAGGGGAAGGGGUUUCAUUGCAUGCAUUUGUUGAUAAAGUGGCUCUUUUCUCCACACUUAAAGGUCAAGGGGGUUUCAGGAAUGCAAAUUCCAUUGGUGUCUAUGACUACGGAGAAGAAAAGUCUCCAGUAGUGAGUUUAUUUCCUUUAUCUCGGGAAGCAUGCUUUAUCCCAGUACGAAGGUGUGGCAUUUGUCUGAAGAAAUCUAUUAUGGACUUUCCAUUUUUAGUUUUUUUUCUUUAAUCAGCAGUUCACUUUUUUUUGCUUUUUUUUUUUUUUUUUUUUAAAUAAUGUUUCCAUCAGCUGAAACAGGAGGCAAUAAUAUUCCUAUGCCUUUUGUAGGAAUAUCGAUUAAUAUUAGGAUUUGGAAGGUUGCAGUUAUGGGCAAUACAUUUUUAUAUGCUGGUAGUUAAGAUUGCUCCAUUUGUUGGCUAUUAAUCCCCUGAAUCUUUUUUUAGAAAUUGUUCUGUCUAAAAAAAAAUAAUAAAUUGUUUGUUAAAUGAGCAGUUUUGCCAUGACUGUAAAUCUAAUUUAAUUAUGUAAGUAUUUUUGGUCAGUAAAAAUGACAUCUUGGCCCAAUUUUAUCCUGACUGUAAGUUUGUAUGGAUACUUUGUUUCUCACGUCUGAAAUUUGCAAUUUUACAUUCAUGUAAUUCAGGACCACAACACUGUAAAGCAAUCGGAUUGAGGAUGAGGGAAGACUGUUAUGCUCUUUACCAGAAUUUGCACAAGUUACAUUUGUUACAUGGUAAAAGUGAGCUUAGCAAUGUCUGUCCCAUGCCUUUUCAUGUUGUAUAGUUACCUCAUUGUAAUGUCUUAAUUGUCUGACUACUCACAAAUUUGUAAAAAAAAAAAAAAAGAAGAAAAAAAAUUUGCUUGAUUUCAACAGUGCUGUUAACUUACUAAUGGCUUGGAUGUAUGUACUAAAACGUCUGCAUAAACAAUCAUAACCAAAGUAAUAAAAAAGGAACUUACACGGCAA